GGCUCUGUUUCAUUAUUAUCAUUGAUGUAUGGUGUGCUAAAAUUUUUUGAAAAAUAUCAACAUCGUCGUAGAAAUGUACAGGAACAAAAUAAUGAUUUUGUUGAUAAUGAAAAAAAACAUACAAUCGAAAGAGAUCGAAAACGAUCAUGUCAGAAAUUGCAGCAACAGCAAUCAAAAAGAAAAUCUCCUUUCACGAAAUUGUUUCGGAAUGUUUUGCUUAAAUUAAGUUUCACAAGUAAUAAUCAUAAGAAUGAAUAUUUUCCAUCAGAACAGGAAAAACGUUGUGGCAUUGCCAUACGAACUGGGUAUCAACAACAACAACAACAACAACAGAAUGUCAGCCCGAAUGUUUAUAUCUCCGGACAUGAUCGGGAUUCGCAAAAUUUAGCACACGCAAAUAUUAGCCCGGAAAGUUCAAAGGUCGAUCUUUCAUCUUUAGCUAGCAAUAAUCAUGGUGAGGAUCAGCCAUCGAUGGUGAACGGUGGUAUAAAGUCACGUUCGCAUCAACAUCCUCGUUAUCAACGAAAUAAUUCUUCAUCAAGAUCUUUAUUGCAGUUAGAAAAUGGUGGAAGCCUAACUAGAGUUGUAAUCACUGAAAUUGAACACCAUCAAUUUCAACGAAAUAAAGAAAUCGAAGAAUCUAAUCGACAACAACAACAACAUUUGGAACAACCAGAAAAUAUGAGAAUUGCUAAUAAUAAAUUGAAUGCUGCAUUUGAUUAUCUGGAAAAUGAAACAUAUUCUGAUCCCAUAUAUGAUGUACCAUCAUCACGUUCAUUAAUCAAUUUAAUCGAUGUAACCAAAGUCAAUUUACCGAUCAAACAACAAAGAGGUCAAAAUAAUAAUAAUGAAAUUAUUGCUUAUUAUCAUACUAGUACGCCGAAUCUUUUUUCAAUCAAAUCGGGCGUUAACAUUCAUUCAAAUGGCAAUGAUGUUCAUGGUGAUUAUCAUGAUGAUGAUGAUGAUGAAGAAUCCAUUUAUGAUACACCAAAAAGCCGAUCAUUUGUUGCCUGAUCAUAUCAUCCUUGUAACCAUUUCGUCCUUUCCUAUUCGAUUCGAUUGGUGUUGGAUCUAAUUCUCUUUUCACUUACUCCGGAAAAAACGAGUUAUCGCACAUUGACACCAUCGUCAUUGCCAUAUAAAAAUGAAAUUAUGAUGACAUUUUUUUCAUUUAAAAAAACCCCGUUAAUAAUGAUGAUAUUGAAACA